GAAUGCCCCAUUAGUGCGAGAGAGAAUGUCGAAAUGGACCCUUGGAAUCGGUCUGCAUCUGGCGUUAUUAGGCUACAACGCCUUAGCAGGGUCCUCAGUCGGAGGUUGGUGACCAAGGGCUGCGAUCAUGGGCGACGGGAGCAAGCAAGGCCGCUGCCAGUGGGGGCUGGUGGUUGGGGUUGUCGUCACUCUGUGCGCCAGGGCAACUCUUGGAGCGGGAGUCUAUCACCGGCUGCCACAUACGGAACCUGCAUCCCGGGACGUUGAGGCGACGCGCGAUGAACCUACGGCCAGCGACCUCCUGUACGUGUUCCAGAGGCCUGCGGAGCCCAUCUUCACCUUGCGGGGCCACGACCGCAACGUGGCCUUCGACGUGCCAGUCAGCUAUUUGCCGGAGCGCUACGUGAGCCUUGCCGCCAAGAUUCGCGCCACGGUAGCGCGUCGCGCUGGCCGCCUCAUUCAGCUGCCGGACUUGCCGAUGCCCGUCGAACGGUUCGCCGACGUCAACGGCAUCCUGGCUUACCGCAGCCCCUACACCAGGUCGGCCCCCAUCUACCUCAAGCUCGCCAUUCGGUUCUGGCACUUCUUCGACGAGAGCAAGACAGUUCCGGAACUUCUGGCUAAGGCCGUAUGGGCUCGACUACACUACAACCCUGAAAUGAUCCUCGACGCCCUCAUGAUAACGAUGCUCAGGUCUCCAAUCGAAGCCGUCAAGGACGUUCCAUUGCCAGAACUGCCCCAAUACAUCCCGGAGUUGUACACGGACGAUCAAUUUUUUGCAUUGGCUCGCGAAGAAAUGCAUCUGGUGGCCGAGGAAGACAGAGUGGCUAUGCCCGUGGUGAGGAACCUGUCGAAGGAUGAUGAGGCUGCCCUGUGGUACUUCCGCGAGGACGUCCACUUCCAGGUGUUCCACUGGAAGUGGCACGUCAUCUACCCGACGGGCUACGACGACGACGAGUACGUGGACCUGCCCCGGCGCGGCGAGAUGUUCGUCCACCUGCACCGGCAGUUCACGGCGCGGUACAACGCAGAGAGGUUCACUAACGGCCUCCCCGCCGUACUACCCAUAGAUGUUCAUAAACCGUUACCCAAAGGGUAUUUUCCGAAAAUGGUCCAUCUUCAUGCCGAGAAGGGUACCAUAGGCAGGCAAGCAAAUACGUCACUACUCCCUCUCACUGAAUUUAUUCACAACCACGAUUUGCAAAGAGCACGCUACGAACAAGUUCUUAAACAAGGAUAUGUAACUUAUAAAAACGGGACGAGAGUGAACUUAAGCGGAAUCGAGGGUCUGGACAUCAUAAGUAACCUGCUUGAAGGAAAUUCGCUGCUGUCACCUGACUUCGACUUCUAUGGAAGCGUCCACAACGAUCUGCAUGAGAACCUGGCGCGUGCUGCGGACACGCUCAGCCAGUACGCGGAGCCUUUCGCAGUCACUUCGUAUAUUACAACUGUAGCCAAGGACCCGGCAUUUUUCAACAUCCACCAGUUGAUGGAUAACCUCUAUGAGCAGUACAAGAUAAGACUAGCCCCGUACUCGACGGAUGAGGUCACACCGCUCCCCGCCGUCACCCUGCAGUCCGUGUCGGUGCGCACUGCCGGCUUGUCGCAGGACAACGCCCUGCGCACGUACAUGCAGCAGACCGACCUGGACGUGUCGUUGGGGCUGGACUUCACUCCAACAGGCCGCCAGUACGCACGCUUCACGCACCUCCAGCACAGGCGCUUCGACUACGUGCUGCAGGUGCUGAACAACGAGUCUCAAGAUCGUAAGGUGUUCGUGAGGCUGUUCCUGUUGAUGACGGAGGAUGAAAAUGGAUCCCCACUGGACUUGGACUUCCAGCGACGCUACAGCAUACAACUCGACACCUUUGAAGCGACUUUGUCGCCCGGCGCCAACACAGUCCGCCGAUCGUCCGUCGACUCGGCGCUGACCAUCGACACCGACGCCGUCUACACGCCGCAGCCCAGCGUGGCUGAGAUCCGGAGGCGGAACGCGUGUCGCUGCGGCUGGCCCUCCGGUCUGCUGCUGCCCAGAGGCAGCCCCGCCGGCACGCCCUACAAGCUGCUGGCCAUGGUGACGGACUUCGCGCAGGACAGGGCACCCAAGGCGGCCUCGGAGCAGUGCAGCGACGGCUGGCUGCUGUGCGGCGUGCCCGGCAGCACCCACUACCCCGACGUGCGCGCCAUGGGCUUCCCGCUGGACCGGCCGUUCCGCGCCGCCGUCAAGUCCCUCGGCGACUUCCUCACGCCCAACAUGGCCGUCGCCGACGUCGUCGUGCAGUACGAGAACGUCACCGAGGCGCCCACCGCCCUGCUGCCGGGCGGCGCGUCCACCAGCUGGAUGCCGUGAGGCGCGAGCGGCGCCCUCCUUGAGGUCGAAGGAAGCUGAAAGUCAGAAACUAACUGCUGGACCCUCUUAGGAGGAAACAAAUAAAACUGCUGCUUGUAAAGUGUU